CCUUCCUGAGAGAACUGCAGCCAUCAUGGCUUCUCAAGAACCUCCACUCGACGAAAUCCAAUGGCGAUCACCUCCCAUAGCAGCGUCGAUGCAGGGCAUACAUUCGAAUUCCGUCCUCUUCUACUUCGCACAAUCACCCUUCUACGAUCCUACGUCCAACAAUGCUAUUCUCACUUCCCAAGCAAUGUUCAACCAAAAUAUGAUGCCCAUCAUCCAGACAAGAGAAGCCUUCGAAGGACGGCUGAAGACGAUGAAUGGCUUGGAGUUUAUUGUGGCACAAGAACCUGCGGAAAUGGCACCUGGUACAGGCACGGGAGUCUGGGUGAUUAGGAAACAGACCAGGAGGAAGAGACCUCCGGAAGAGGACGAGAUCACUGUGCAUUCGUCAUAUUUCGUGGUUGGAGAGAACAUCUACAUGGCUCCUGCUGUUUCAGAUGUUCUCGGAAGCCGAAUGCUGUCCGUCCUCGACUCUUUAACCAAGUUCAUUUCUUCCGCCGCCGCCCUCCCUGACUUCAGUCCUGCACUUGGCCAUACCUACCUUCCACCACCAACCGCCAACCGUCUCAGAUCCACAGAAUCGCAACUCGCACAGACUAGCAAGGAAAACACACCCCUCCCAGAUUCGCUACAGUCAAAGAAGCAAGCCGUGUCAACGAACAGCAGCACAUACCUCGGCAGUCGCCUCCUCGAAGAAACCCUAGACAUAUCUUUCAAGUACGGAGACGAAUAUAUGGACGAGAAUCCCAUCACCGGCCAACCAGGAGAGUUCCACCUUUCGUCAACAGGAAGAAAGGAAGCAGGGAAACUUGCCGUUACAGCAGCAGGAGCUAAAGGACCUCUGUCAACAGCGACUAAAGCCGCACCAGCGCCGCCAGCAUUGAAAACUAAUAUUCCACCUGCAAGAAAAGGUAGCAAGAGUAAAGAGAGUCCGAAGACACCAGGAGCAGGCGGACCACCGAAGCCGAAGCGAAGGAAGAGCAGCAAGGCGUUAGUAUCUGCUGGUGGAGCUAGCUCGGCGUGAUGGUAGGAUAUAUGUCAUGAGUUUGGGAAUUGGCAGCAUCAAUUGGUUGGCGUUCAGGACCUGGUGCAUUUCGAUGGAUAUACCCCAGCAUUACAGAAACGCCACAAAAGAUUGAGAUAUGUUUCUCGAUCAAGAGCACAGACUUCGCAUCUGACGAUAGAGUAUAAUGAAACAAUCAUUUCACCAAUUCUACACAUUCGGUUCAAUGUGGUCAAACAUCUAUAUAUAUCCCUCAAC